AUGGCAAUCGACCAAAUCAAGAAGCGUCUUAUGGAGGAGACUGGCCUUGUGCUGAAUCCACCGGAGCGCCUUGACCUUCGACCAGAGGAAGAAAUCAGAGCUCAGCUCAACAGUCAUGUUCCUGUUCAGUCGGAGAAAAACGUUUGGGCCUAUUGGGACAAGGGUUUUGAUGCCAUGCCAGCGUGGAGACAGAGAAAUGUCAUCGACUGGAUUAGACGUAAUGGCAAGCGCUGGGAUGUACGAGUGCUAGAUAUAGUGCCUAGUUCACCCAACCAUAUCAGUCGUUUCAUCGAUUCUGCAUACUUCCCAGCUGGAUUGUAUGAGGGCCUUUCUUCUGACGGUCAACACGCCCAAGCGAUCGCGGAUUUUUUCCGCAUUUCAACUGUUUACCAGCACGGUGGUGUCUACAUGGACGUUGGAAUCAUGCCUAUCCGCGAUCUCGAUGACAUCUGCUGGUCUACUUUAGAAGAUCCUAGUUCACCCUAUCAGGUUUGUGCAGUGAUGGUGGGCAAGAUUGCCCUUGUCAAUUAUUUCCUCGCUGCACGCAAAGGAGACCCCUUCGUCCAUAGAUGGCUGCGACUCUUCCUGGAAGUAUGGGGUAAUCGUGAAACCGCCAAAGGGAUUUGUCAUCACCCACUUAUCAGCCACCUCGGGCUGAUCAAAUCUCCCAUCUUCCCACCAACUACUGACUGGGAAGAAUUGACUGAUUAUGGUGCAAUUACCCAAUGCUGCGCACGGGUGAAGGACAACCGUGAACCUGGUGAGGAUGGAUUUGAUGGGCCAGCAUACUUCCAGAAGCAUUUCUUUGUCUUGCCUGAUGUCCCAGAGUUUGCUGGUCCUGAGCUCAGUGCAUCCGACUUCCGGAAGGCCCUGCUGACCCCUUACAGCCAGGAUGAAAAUGCCUCUGAGACAGAGAAGAAGGAUCAAGAGGAGGCCUCCCAGCUUGUGCAUAGCACUUUGGCUGGCAAGUCUGCGUAUAAGUUCUACUCUGGAUUCGCUAAAUUUGGAGUGAAGGGACUAGCAGCAAAGGUCUGGGAUCAGCCAGAACAUGCAAACGAAGAAUCUCUGCCUGGAACAUGGGGUGAAGUGUUCCGAUAUGGUACAGUUCACUUCCGCCAGACAAGAACAGUCGAACCGAUUGUAGUUCCUCAAAUUACACCUAUCACGGAAGUUGGACUGUUUGAACCUGUUACAAAGGUUUAA